AUGAUCCCUCACGACGUCACCAAGGCUCUCGUGAACAGCUUGGCGAAGGCUCACGAAAGCGCUCGCGAUGGCGUUGACGAUGACGAUGACGAUGUUGAAGCUGAUUCUGAACAUGAUAUUGAUAAUGAUGACGGCAUGGCGGAUGAGAACGCCGGGAGUGACGCUGCUCGUGGCAAGUCGAAUUUUGAGGCAACUCGGGAAACGGCCCAAGUUGUCGCUCAGGCGCCAGCUGCGGCGCCUGCUGCGGCGCCAGCUACGGCGUCAGCUGCGGGACAGCUUGAUCCGCAGAAGCCAGCUCGUGCAAAGACGAGCAGUAGCAGUAACCACCGCGCUGGUAACCACCAUAAAGGAUCCAAAACCGACCCCGGGCGUAAUAGAAGCAGUGAAGAGGAGGUGGCGCUGAGUUCCUGGAGCUGGCCUGCUGAGUCAGCUUUUGCUGACUCAGCAUCGUCUCCAAACACGUCAUCCGUUGCUGCGGGCAGCGGCGAGGCAGUGGUGGUGCAACAGCUGGCGUUCAACGGUUGGUCGUCUGACGUGGUUCGGGUUGCCCGGCCUGGACCACUCGCUUCGCGUCGAAAGGCGUCGAUCGCAAAGCCUCUUCUGAUCGCCUCUCUGCUGUGCGGUGCCGUGCUGUUGUACCGAGGGACUCUGAGCGACAAAGGCAUCCCUCUGCUACACUCACGUCGUGAUUCAGUCACCACCGUCAGCGCUCAUGAAGAUAUGCCAUCCCAAGACACUGAUAAGGGGAGGCGAGGGCAGAAGGCAGGUGCAGAAGCAGCAGAGGGGGAGACGGUGGAGGGAGGAGAGGAGCACAGGAGAGAAGGAACGGGGGAAGAAGCGAGUGAGGAAGAGGGUGCGAAGGGAGACGAGAGGGAAAUCGGAGAGGGAGAGGGGGGGAAUGCGGUGGGGGAGGGGGAGGUGACGAAGGGUAUGGGUGCUGGGGGAUGGAGAGGGAUGGUGGUGGGAAGGGGGAGGGAGGAGAGGAUGAGGGUGGUGGUGGCGCCUCAUGUGAACCCGGAGCAUGCCCGCAUGCUGGAAGGACUGAAAGAGCUGCAGGUGAUAGAUGCUGACGUGGCACCAGCUGGCAUCUGCACGAGGAGGGAGUUUGCCACGUGGCUCAUGGCGUUCAGUGAGAAGCUCUCGGCCUCGCCCACUGAUAGGGUGUAUCCCGCCAUGUUUAUAGAGGGGAUAUCGGAGCAGGCCUAUGCUGACGUGGCACCUGAUGACAAGGACUUCGCAGCCAUUCAAGCGAGUGCUUCCACUGCUCUCCGGUCUCCCCUGACUCGUCAGGAUCUGCUGACGUGGCGCUUCGCUCUGGAGUACUCCCACCUCCCGCCGCCCGACCUUGCCGCCCUGCGCCACACAUGCGGGCUGAUAGACGCCGCACGAAUCUCCCCUGCCGCCCAAAGAGCCGUCUCUUUCGAUCUCCUGCAUCACCGGGGGGGGAUGGAUCACCAACCAGAGGGGGAGGGGGAGGGGGAGGGUUGGGGGGACGGUCGGGGCAAGGCCGGGGGGAAGGGGCUGGGGGAGGGGCCGAGGGAAGGGCAGGGAAGCGGGCAAGUUAUCAAAUCUGCUGCUAAUGCAGCGGUUAUUCCCUUGGUGUUUGGUAAUGUUCGUCGGUUCGACCCCUUAAAGCCCGUUACGCACGCGCAGGCUGCUGCGGCGCUCACGUUCGGCCGAACCUAUGAGACUGUGAACGAGGCUGCGGUUAGGGUGGAGGUGGCAGAGGCUCGGAAGGAAGCUGACGUGGCGAGGCAGGAGGCUGAGUCAGCAAGGCGGGAAGCAGCGCGAUUGGCCGAGGAGAUAGAAAAAGUGCGAGUGGAGGAGGAGGAGAGUGUGAGGAGGGAGAGGGAAGAGAGAGAGAGUGUGGAGAAGGAAAGGGAGUCACUACGAGACGAGGUAGAGAGGCUAAGAGCUGAGAUUGUAGGGUUUAGCAGCGGUGGUGAUGGUGGGGGUGAAGGGGAGAUGAGUGGUGCAAGUGGGGGGCUGGAAGGAGGGGAGGAGGAAGAGGCGAGUGGGGUGGCACGCGCAGGGGAGGAAGCGUUUGUCAGCGGAUUGGAGGCAAGAGGAGGAGGUGCGAGUGUGGAAGGCAGCGCGUCUGAUGGGACGGAGGAGGGCAGCGUACAAGAACCUGCUAUUCUCCCCCCCGGUUGGUGGGCGGAUUUGAUCCAACAGAGAGCAGAGGAGGCAACGCACGGCGCUGCCAAGAAUCUGGUAAAAAUCAAAGAGCGUUCUACUGACGUGGCGUCCAGCCUGGCCGCCAGCGUGGCGGACGGCAGCCUGCAGCGAUCGAUGAGAGAAAGGGCAGAGGAAGCUGCCAGGAAGGUGCAGGAACUGCGGGAUGCUGAUCUGAAGGAAGGUGCGAGGAUGGUGCGGGAGCAAGUGGGAGGGGAGGUGGCGAGGAGGAUAGAGGGAGUGAGGGAGGUAGGGGAGAGGAUGGUGGCGAUGGGGAGAGAGGAGGCGGGUAGAAUGGUGAGGGUAGGUAAAGGGGUGAUGGACAGGGGAGUGAGGGAGAUACGGGAGAAAGCAGGGUACAGAUGGGCUGCUGGGAAGAAAGGCAGCAGUGGUUCCAUUGGCUCUGCUGUGGCUGCUGCUGGUGCUGGUGGUGGUGUGAAGAAGCUGUGA